AAUGGAAGAAAAAGAUAAACUCAAGCAACAAGAGCAUUAUGAUAACAAGAAAAUUAGAUUAACCAUCACUGGAUUGAAUGUGAAGCCAUUGGAGACCACUUGCUCUCAAAUUAUCAAUGCUGCUAAGGAUCAUGAAUUCAAGGUGAAGGGCCCAGUCAGAAUCCCAACCAAGACCUUGAGAAUCACUACCAGGAAGAGUCCUUGCGGAGAAGGUACCAACACCUGGGACAGAUACGAAAUGAGAAUCCACAAGAGAGUCAUCGACUUGUUCUGCCCAUCUGAAUUAGUGAAGGAAGUCACUUCCUUCAAGUUGGAGCCAGGAGUAGAUGUCAACGUCAAUGUCAGCAACUUGUAGACAC